UCUCCUCCUUUCUCCAAUUAAUUUCAACUCCUCGAUCCCUUCUUCUUUUCCAUCCCUCAAAAAUGAUGCCUCCGGAGCAAGAAUCCACUACUAUCACCGGCGGUAAUACUACUACUACUUCUCCCAUCGCCAACGUUUAUGUUCAUGCGGAACCUCCCGGUUCUCCCAACAACGUUAACGUUGUUCCUUGUCUUGAAGAUCCAAUCCCUCAUCAUCAACAACAACAUCAAACUCAUCUUAGGUCCCCAGUUGUUCGUGAAUCCCUACAUCCCAUAACUCUCAAGUUCGAAGAUGUUGCCUAUGGUAUCAUCAGUUCCCAGGGAGGUACGAGGGGAAGUUGUUUUGCUUCGGCACAGGAACCGAAGCUAACCCGGACAGUGCUCAAUGGAGUUAGUGGGGUUGUCCGACCUGGUGAGUUAUUAGCAAUGCUCGGUCCAUCCGGUAGCGGCAAAACCACCCUCCUUACCGCCCUUGCUGGUCGGUUACCUGGGAAGGUCUCCGGCACCAUAACCUACAAUGGUGGCCCGUUUUCCAGCUCCAUGAAGCGGAAGACAGGCUUCGUCUCCCAGGACGACGUGCUGUACCCCCACCUAACGGUGCUUGAGACGCUGACAUAUGCUGCCCUGUUGCGGCUGCGGAAAGAGUUGACGAAAGCCGAGAAGGUCGAGCAAGCCGAAUUGAUCAUCCAAGAACUCGGGUUAACCCGCUGCAGAAACAGUAUAGUGGGCGGGCCCCUACUUCGGGGGGUGUCAGGCGGGGAACGUAAACGGGUCAGUAUUGGGCAGGAGAUGUUGGUUAACCCGAGUCUGCUAUUGCUGGACGAGCCCACUUCGGGGCUCGACUCCACCACGGCCCAGCGAAUUGUAAACACACUACGGGGGCUUGCCCGCGGCGGCCGGACCGUGAUCGCCACCAUUCAUCAGCCGUCGAGUAGGUUGUAUCGGAUGUUUGAUAAAGUGGUGGUGUUAUCGGAGGGAUACUCCAUCUAUAGCGGGCGUGCGGAUCGGGUCAUGGAGUAUUUUGGGUCCAUCGGGUACAUGCCCGGAUUCAACUUCAUGAACCCUGCUGAUUUUCUGCUUGAUCUUGCAAAUGGUAUUACACAUGAUGUUAGACAAGAUGACCAACUGGAGUUUCAUGGCAGAGUAGACCAUCAUGAUGAUCAAAAUUCAACUAAACAGCACUUAAUAUCUUGUUACAAAAAGAACCUAUACCCUGCUUUAAAGGCUGAGAUUCACCAAGAUUCGCUACAUUCAUCUCUAUCUGCAUCAACAACUCCAUCAAAAAGAAAUUUUGAUGUACAGUGGACUACAACCUGGUGGGAGCAAUUCAAGGUGUUGCUGAGAAGGGGUUUGCAGGAGAGGAAGCAUGAGUCUUACUCAGGCCUAAGAAUUUUCCAAGUCAUGUCUGUUUCAAUUCUUUCUGGCCUCUUGUGGUGGCAUUCCGAUACUUCGCAUAUACAAGAUCAGGUGGGACUUCUCUUCUUCUUUUCCAUCUUUUGGGGUUUCUUUCCUCUGUUCAAUGCCAUAUUUGCGUUCCCUCAAGAGCUCCCAAUGCUAAUCAAAGAACGUUCCUCUGGCAUGUAUCGCCUUUCCUCCUACUACUUUGCUCGAAUAGCUGGUGACUUGCCAAUGGAGCUUGUUCUUCCAACUAUCUUUGUAACUGUCACGUAUUGGAUGGGUGGUCUCAAGCCUUCUCUGGUCACAUUUGUAUUAACCCUCUUGAUCACACUUUUCAACGUGCUGGUUUCUCAAGGGAUAGGACUAGCACUCGGAGCCAUUCUGAUGGAUGUAAAACAGGCAACAACCUUAGCUUCUGUGACAAUGCUUGUGUUUCUAUUAGCAGGAGGAUACUACAUUCUGCAUGUUCCUCCUUUCAUCGCUUGGUUGAAGUACAUUUCUUUUAGCCACUACUGCUAUAAGCUACUGGUGGAAGUUCAAUACUCAGCAUAUGAGGCUUAUGAAUGUGGAAUAGGGAUGCAUUGCAGGGUAGUGGAUUUUCCCGCAAUCAAGUUUCUCGGCCUUGGCAAUAAGUGGUGGGAUUUAUGUGCUUUGGCAAUAAUGUUGGUGGGAUAUAGGCUACUGGCUUAUGUGGCUCUAAGAAUGGGGACUCCUCACUAACCCGGAUGGAAUGUGUGCUUGUGACUGCAAUGUAAUUGGUAAGGUAGGAAAUAGAAGAAGAUGAUUUCAAAUUCGGUUGCAAAUUUAAGAAUUCUGAACGAAUCUUUGACACAAGAUCUCUUGGCCUGGAGAUGAAUACUAGAUAGUUUUUUAGAUCAUCUCGACAAUUGAAGGAUAUGUUUCUCAUUUACGUGAUCUUGUGUUAAAAUAUCAAGUGAAUAAUGAAUAGUUUCUUAAAUU